AUGGCUGUUUCACUAAAUUCAGCCAAUAUCUUCAGUCCCACUGUAAACUAUCAGCCGACAACUAGACCUUACAUUAGGGUACUAUUACUCAAGGUCCAUUCCGUCUCAUCUCUCUCACCUCCAGUUAAAUUGAAUUUUAAAAUAUCAAGAAUCCACCACCGUUUAGCUGUUGGAGGUGAAACAGAACCAACCGAGAAAGACUCUAAACCAGUCCAAGGAUUAAAUUCUAAUGAUGAGCCCUCAUCAAGUGUUGCACCCAACAUAAAAGAGAACAGACUCCUGCAAAACAAUGAGGCUUCACAGUCAUCCAAUGGGCCCGUAUAUCCUGAUCCGAGCCUGUCCGCACCCAACCCGAGCCUGACCUCAAAACGGGCCCCACUAACAGCGAGAGAGAGGCUGAGGGCUGCAAGAGUGCUAAACCGUUAUAACGACUCGAAGCCGACGAAGACAGGACUCAGAAGCAAUUUCUUAGAGGCUUUGAGAAACAGCGAUAAUGAGGGAAAUAGAAAGCGGUCGGGCCUUCCGGAAGCACCUUCAAAUUUGUUUGACGACAGCAAGAAAGGUCUACCUAAGGAGGGGUGGACGAUCAAUCUCCCAGGAGAAAGGAGUGGGCGAACGAACAAUGAACAGGGGUCGUGCACUAAUCGGACGAGCAAACAACGAUCGGGCCGAGAGUGCAAACAAGGUGCAAAGAAAUGUCGGCUGAGAGGAACACAGGCAUCUACCCACCACACGGCUGAUUGGAGCUCACCGGAGGUGCGACCAACUUGUCAUCGGAGUGAGUUCACGACGAGAGAAAAUCUGUCGGACUGUUGGAGCCGCGAAGUGAUCACAAACGGAAUAAAUAUGGUUGGAGACGGCGAGGUGUUCACGGAAGGAGAUGCGACCGCCCGGAGAUGUAGGGUUUUGGAUUGGGACUUUCUUGAUUUCAGAAUUUGGGAGAGUAUACGCGGAGAUGACGAUGUCAUGUGA